AUGCCCAUCUAUACAGAGUUCCUGGAUUUUCUGGAGAAGCGGGAAAACUGCGGCGUGGAGAUAACACAGAGAAGUCCCACGAAACAAUCUCAUCCGACAGAACGCGACAAGAAAAGAGAGUUUGCCACCGACGACAUCACACGCUGCUACACAUGCCCGAAGAAGCAACAGAAACCAGUAAGUCAAAAUCAGUCCAAGAGUGAGAACACUACGAAAUGGCCGAUGGGGAAGCAGAAGAAGAUAUUCGUUGCUAAUACUAUCAUGUCCGAGCUAGCUUCGCGAAGUAGCUCGGAAUCCAACAACGAAGAUGUCAUAUCCCCAUUGGCGGACACAACACAAUCUCCACGAUCGCAAGAGCCACCUUCAAAGCAAUAA